UUACAAUAAUCAGCGGAAAAAUCGUUUCAAUAUCCAUUAAUCGCUAUUUAAUCGUAUCGGCACAGGACGACACACAUGGAGGACUUUUACUAACUAUAAUAAUAGGCAAGGUUUUUAAAUCAAAAUGCAACAUGACGAUGUUAUAUGGAGUAUUAUUAAUACCACAUUCUGCUCAUAUAAAGUAAACUCAAAAACAACACAGUUCUGCCGCAAUGAGUAUAAUGUGACAGGAUUGUGCAACCGGUCAGCCUGCCCUCUUGCCAAUAGUCAAUAUGCAACAAUCAGGGAAGAAAAUGGUGUUUGUUUCCUGUAUAUGAAGACUAUAGAGAGGGCAGCAUUUCCAUCCAAGUUGUGGGAGAAGGUCAAGUUAUCUAAGAAUUAUGAAAAGGCUCUACAGCAGAUAGAUGAUCAGCUGCGAUACUGGCCUAAUUUUAUCAAACAUAAGUGCAAACAACGCUUCACAAAAAUCACACAAUAUUUAAUCCGUAUGAGGAAAUUAGUUUUAAAAAGGCAGAGGAAACUUGUACCGAUCAGUCGUAAGGUGGAAAGGAGAGAAGAGCGGAGGGAACAGAAGGCAUUGGUGGCAGCUCAACUUGAUAAUGCUAUUGAAAAGGAGCUCUUAGAAAGACUUAAAAAGGGAACUUAUGGUGAUAUAUAUAACUUCCCAGCACAUGCAUUUGAUAAAGCAUUAGAUGCACAAGAAGAAGAAAGUGAAGCAGAAGGAGAGCAAGAAGAAGAAGAAGAAGCAGAAUAUGAAGAUGAGGAG